UCUUGUCGCGUUGCAAGGCUGCGAUGCAGUGAUUUCGCUCUCGAAUUCCUGGCUGAUAGCAUGGGGAGGGGGAAAGAGACCGCUGCCUGGUCAGUCCGUCGUGUGUUUUCUUUCCUCCCUCUUGUUUGACUCUUCCUCUCUUGUGCGUCCUUUUCCUUGCCUGCCAAACUUCCAGUUGCGAGGCUCUGAGAGACAUGAUUCCAUGGGCAGCGCCAACCAGAUACGAAUUAAUCAAUCCCUUCUCUGCCGAUGCCGCCGCCACAGCAGGAGCUGACUUGGGCCACCUCGGCGGGAUGUGUCCGCAUCCAUGGAGGAGAGAAAGGAUUAAGAAACGCAGGCAUGCCAAUCAACCCCCCGGUCUGGCAGCAGCGACCAAGCGCGAGGAAAAGAAAAAUUUAUGGCUGCCAACCAAGCAAGCGUCAAACAAGAGGUUUUUUUUUUGCUUUUGUUCUUGGUGUUCUUUUCGAGCUCUAAGUUUCUUGUUUCUUGUUUCUACUUACUUUCCUUCGUCUUGUCUCUCUGUUCACAGCUUCUCGGAUCCAGGAGAGAGAGAGAAUGGCGCUUCCUUUUCUCGGUCUUUUUAUAUAUAUAGUCUACGGGCUACGUAUGACUCUCCUCCAGCAAAUUGGUCCACCCUGUGCUGAAGCCAAAAGGGAAAACAAUUGCUAUAGCAUAUGGCAGGCAUGUUGUGGCUCGGCUCCUACAGGGAUUUAAAUACUCGCAGCCCCAGCUUCUUUAUUGGACGGACAAGAGGAGAGGGGACGGGCGGAGCCUUCUUUCCGCAUAGAUACGCGCAACUUUCAAUAACUUGGGGCAGGGAGCUAUAUAUUGUGCUCUAGGCGCGGAUAUGAUAAUGGCCUAGUCCAGCGUAUUGUGCGAGUUUCGGCUGGUGCCGCUCAAUGGGCAUGCCUUCCAAUCCUGGUACACACUGUGGGUCUUGGGCAACUCUUCAUGUGCUCGGGGAUUAAACAAGCGCUUAACAAACGCCGAAAAGUUGACAAUGACGAGGAAGGAACAACGACUGGUAAUCUUGCGGUACUAGCGCCAUCUGCGACCGGGAAUUCAUAUCUGAGGAGCUGGGAACUAGCUGUUACCGCAACAGUUUCUCCCUCUUUAUAAGGCAGCCCGUGCUGUCUUCUCCACUUUGCUCGGGUCGGGUUAUGGAAGAAGCAGCAGCAGCAGCAGCAGCAGCAGGAGCAGCUCAAAGGCAAUCCUCUCUCAAAGCUCGUCGAUCAGUGAAGCCCAGGAACAGUAGCAGCAGCAGGAAAAGCGGAAGAAGGAACGUCCCGCUAAGUACCUGUGAUUUGGCAAUCCCGAAUGUGUACGCCAUGGCAAUCUACGCAUUCAAGGCACCCACCAGGCCUGGUGUGGUUGAGGAGCUGGAAAGGGGUCUGGCAGAGGCUUUGGACGAGUAUCCGGAAUGGGCAGGCAGGCUGUGCAAGGACUCUUCGUCCUCAUCUUCAUCAUCAUCGUCUUCUUGCUCCUCUGGUUUGAGCGGCAGCGUCGGCUCUAGCAAGGUGGUUAUUGAUCUCAAUGAUGACGGGGUUGCACUAAUGGAAGCAAGCAUGGACUGCUGUCUCCAGGAUUUGAUGCCUUUUAACCCAUGUCCCCUGCUUUUCCAGCUGGUUCCAGCUACGAAAUCUGUUGAAGAACUGCUCCUUGUCCAGGUGACCAGCUUCAAAUGUGGUGGCAUAGUUCUCGGCGUUGCCUGGCACCACCGUCUCGCAGAUGGACAGGCUUUCUUCAGCUUCAUGGACAACUGGUCUCGGCUCACCCGAGGCGCUCCACUGGCUUGCAGCCCGUUUCGCGAUAGAAGUGCAUUAAAUGCCGGGGAAACUGCUCAGCCGCUCCAGGAUGACUACUUGCUGCUGUCGCCUCCUCAGGCUCCAGCGCCGGCUCCGGACCCAGGUGCUGCCAAAACUCCUCCUCUCGCGGCGAGGAAGUUCCACUUUAGCAUGGAUUUGCUCCAGAGGAUCAAGAGAAGAGCCGGGGGAGACAGCUCUACGGACGAGCCGGCCUCCUCCACCACCAGAGGCGUGACAACUUUCGAGAGCCUGACGGCUCACUUGUGGCGGUGCAUCACCAAAGCCCGCGGCAUCACCGGCGACACCAAGACGCAGAUAAUGAUCCCCAUGAACGGGAGGAGCCGGCUGGAGCCGGCCAUCCCCGAGAGCUACUUCGGCAACGCGACUUUCAUGCCGUCGUCCGGGACCGAGGCCGGGGAGCUGACGAGCCGGCCACUGUGCUACGCAGCGCAGCUCGUCCACGGUGCCAUCAUCAAGGCCGACAGUAGCUACUUGCGCAGCGCGCUGGAACUUAUGGAGCUCCAGAACAGGAUGAUGAAAGACGAGGAGGUGGCGGAGGUGGUGGUGCCUCCCAGCAUGUCUCCUCACGUCGUGGUGACGAGCUGGGUGAGGUUCCCGCUCUACGACGUGGAUUUCGGCUGGGGGACGCCUCUCUACGUCGGCAACGUACUGGAUCUGUACGAGGGGAUCAUGAUCUUACUGCCAUCGCACACGCAGGACGGGAGCAUCGAUGCGGUGGUGGCUCUUUUCGAGCCGGAGAUCGAGACGCUCCAGGAAUUGUGCUAUCGUGAUGAUCUUCUCUAGCGGCAUUCUCGGCGGAGCGAGGGAAGGACGAAGAGCUCCAGCCCAACGAAGAAUCGUGCCACCAGCAAUCGAAGAAAGAAGAAGGAUCAAAAACGCUUUGGCUUUGUAUACUAAACUUUUGUUCUUUCGAAUGAAGCAGGGCCGUCGAUGCAGUGCCAUCGGGACCGCACGUUUCUAAGUUUGUUUUGAAUCCAGCAUAUUCGUACGCAUCUCUUCGCGGGGCCGUCGAUGCAGUGUCAUCGGGACCGAAUAUAGUUUAAAAAUUCUCUAAAUCUAAAAAUGUUUAAAGUUUUUAUA